AUGGAAUGUAGAGCUUACCGAUAUCCAAACUCUCCGUCACUUCCAAACAGUAGGACAACACCAUCGCGAGUCUUCGAGAAUAUAGGUGUAGACCUGGCAGGACCCUUCCUAGUUCGAGAUCAAGACAAUCAUCAAAAAAGAUGGGUGUGCUUGUUCACAUGUAUGAGCACAAGAGCCAUUCAUCUAGAAGUACUAACUUCAGUGAGUGGCGAGUGCUUCAUAAACUGUCUGCGUCGUUUCGCUGCAAGACGCGGUCGACCGAGAGAAAUUAUUUCAGACAACGCGACAAACUUCAAGUUGGGCCAACAACUAAUCAGCCAAAAUGAAUCCGAAACCUUACAGAACAUUUUCGACACUAACUCCCUAGAAAACUUUCUCGCCAAUGAAAAGACGCUUUCUUGUGAAGAAUUCUAUACACUCAUAAUCGAAACAGAAGGAAUGGUCAACUCGAGACCUUUAGCCUACGCUGGCAGCUCACUUGAAGACUCCAUGAUUCUUCGCCCAAUCGAUUUUUUAAUUCCAAAUGCUCAACCUUCUGCACUCCUCCCGCUAGCAGGAGACAUGGAGGAAAUGGGAAGCGACCCAUCAUACAUCCCAACGAUCACAACGAAACAAGCAGCAAUAAAUCGUUUGAACGAUACGAUUAAACAUUUGUCACGACUUUGGAAAGCGUGGACGGAGCAAUAUCUCCUUGAACUACGCAACCUACAUCAAAUAAGGAUAAAGCAAAACCAAUUCACACGAACAAGACCGCGUGUAGGAGAAGUCGUUCUUAUCAUGGAAGCGAAUACUGAUCGCGGGCACUGGCCCAUGGGCUUAGUGACUGAACUCAAAGAAGAUCCUGAUGGGGAAGUACGCGAAGUUGCACUCCGUACAGCUAACCGAGAAACUGUGAAUUAG